GUUCCCGCCCCCUUGUUCCAUCUCUGACUACGCUCCUCUCUCAAUUAUUUAUUCUUUCACAUCGCUCUUCACGAUUCGAGUAUUUGUUGUACACUAUAACCCAGCAUUGAACAGACAGACAUCAUGAAUUAUAUCCAGCUUGAGAAACUAGGUGAAGGGACAUAUGCCACUGUAUACAAGGGUCGAUCACGCACGACAAACGAGAUCGUAGCGUUGAAGGAAAUCCAUCUCGAUGCGGAAGAAGGCACCCCUUCGACAGCCAUCCGCGAAAUCUCCUUGAUGAAGGAGCUCAAACAUGUCAACAUAGUCCGCCUGCACGAUGUGAUCCACACUGAAACCAAACUCGUGCUCAUUUUCGAAUACUGCGAGCGCGAUCUGAAGAAGUACAUGGACGCCAAUGGGGAUCGAGGCGCGCUGGACCCAGUGACAGUCCGCAGCUUCAUGUACCAACUCUUGAUGGGUACCGCUUUCUGCCACGAAAACAGGGUUUUGCAUCGCGAUCUAAAGCCGCAAAACUUGCUAAUCAAUAGAAAGGGGGAGCUGAAGCUGGGUGACUUUGGUCUUGCACGGGCAUUCGGUGUGCCUGUUAACACGUUCUCGAACGAGGUCGUCACCCUUUGGUACCGCGCUCCGGACGUUCUUUUGGGCUCAAGGACCUACAGCACUUCUAUCGAUGUUUGGUCGUGCGGCUGUAUAUUCGCUGAGAUGAUCUCAGGAGUCCCUCUCUUUCGAGGUCGGGAUAACAAUGACCAACUCCUCCAUAUUAUGAGAAUUAUCGGAACGCCAGACGACAGAACAGUCCGGAAGAUGGCUGCAGAGUCGAUCCAAGUGAAGCAGUGGCCAAGAUAUCCUAAAAUUCCUUUCCAGCAAGUCCUUCCGAAAGCAUCCCUCCAAGCCAUCGACCUCCUCGAACGCCUCCUCCAAUUCGACCCUGCCAAGCGCAUCACAGCGCAAGAGGCCCUUCAACACCCCUACUUU